AUGGGCGUGCGGCUGGGGAUAUGGGCUAAAAUACGUGGGGUAGCGAGGAGAAAAGAUAAUUCCGAAAAUAUUUUAAAAACUACUUUAGUGAAUGAAGACGUAAUCGAAAUAGAUCAUUCAAUUUUAUUGUCUUCUAACAAUUCGAGUCCUCAUGAAAAUGAUGGUAACCAUACUAUGCAAGAAGAAAUAAAUGUACCAAUAAGUACUGAUAGCUCAAAUAGGACAGUGGGUGUUCAAUUUGAACAGGAAUGCGAUGUACAAGAAUAUUUUCAGCCGUCGAAAGCGGCAAGAAAAGCAGUUUCUGAACCUGAAAAAAAUUAUAAACAACUGCUUCCAACAUCCGAAAUGAAGAAAAGGGAUUUGGUAAAACUUUGCAAAAACAAUGUCAUACCUGUCAGGUUUCACGAUGAAUUCUUUAAAUUAAAAUAUGAGUUAGCAGAAACUGAUGCAGAUGAUGACAAUGAAGAUGAAAGCUCCAAAACUUAAAAAAAUAUAUAUUUUUUACUAGUAAGAAUUUCAUAUUUUC